UUGAAAUAGUUUUCCCAAAAGAUUUUACUGUGUAUUCUAUAAAUAAUGCAGAAAUAGUAAAUUAUUGAAAUGUCUAAGAUCAAAAACUUUCUCAUAAAUUCGCUAGAAAGCUAUUAUGCAGUACAAAAUCUAUUACUGGAUGAUGAAUCUGAAAACUCCCUCUCGGAGUUCAUAUACAGUCCGCAACAGCUACUUCUGCAAAGUUUUAUGAAUAGCGAAAAUAACCCUAUUCUUCUUACCAAGAUAAUAAAAACAGACAAAAAGUCACUUAUUUUCUUCAAAUCAGCUGCUCAAGACUUGACAUCAGAUGCUGCCCUGCAAUGUGUCAAUAUAAUUACUUUAUCUGAUGCUCCGGCCCAGUCACUGUAUCAUGUUUUACGUCAAGUCUACUCACCUUUACUUAUUGUGGACAAUAAUUUACUCUCAAGCAAGCUUCAACAAAAUUUGAAAGACCUGGAGUCUAACUUAAGAAUUCUUACGCAUAAGCAAGAUUCCAAAAAUAUAAAUGUGGUAGUAACAAUAACAGAUGAAAUAGACUAUUGGAAGGAGCUAGCAGAGAAAAAAGAUGCAGCAAAGAAAGAAAGGGAGGCAGCUUCAUCGUUUGCAGAGCUCUUUGAGGAUAUAAAUGAAGAAAUAAGGUCUAUGCAAUCAAAUAACUUGACUGAAAUUAGGGAAGCUGCUGAAAAUAUUGGAGGUCUACUGGACGAUGUGUGGCGCUCGAAUCUGGCUCCCUACUCUAAGGAGAGAAUGAAACAUGUGUUUGAUAUCAUUGGUCAUAUGAUAUGUUCGAUAGUCCAGCAAAAUAUUUCAACUGUGGACAUCUGGAAGGUCCACGGUGAUACCCAAGACAGUGAUAUUCUAGUGAAGCUCUCAGACAGUCUGAAAGUCAUCCAGACGUGGACUAACGCUUGUCAGUCUCUGACUGGGACCUACUGGCCGAAUUACGCCUUGCAUGCUUGGAAUGGAAAGACUUAUGUGCCAUUAUUCUGUUUGAAUUUUGAGACCAGAAUGAGAGAGAUCCAUGACAUCAGAUCUACGCAUAAUCAGCUAAAUAAACUUUUGAGUCUAAAUGAAAGAGACGAACUACGCACUAACACUAUGUUCGAACCUUUUCAAAACAUAAACGUGUGGAGCUGUGUGGGCCCCAACCCCGCGUGGCAGGCGGCGGUGGCGCGGUUCACGGGCAACAUGCGCCCCGCUGAGGCUAAGAUAGCCGACAAGAUCAAACCGAGACUGCACAACACUUCUACUAAACAGAUGCUAUACGAGUUCAUGCGUUACAAAACGCUAAUAGGCCGUCCGCUCGUCAAGGCUGCCCUCAACAGUGAGCUGGAAGUGUUCGUCUUGUCCCUGGGCUCGAUGCUGAAGAGUAUCCGCAGUCAGAUGGAGGACGCCACUGAUGUGAAGAUGUACCAGCCGCCGGAGAUGUCUAGUACUGUGCAGCAAGUGCAGUGGGCUAUGCAGAUGGAGUCUAAGGUAACAGACAUUUACACCUGUGCUGAGAAGUAUCUCAAUGAAUUCGAAGGCAGCGGUGAGCUGAUGAAACUAGCCACUCAAGUACAAAAGGAACUCAAGAAUAUGUACACUCAGCUCCAUGAAGAUUGGUCAAGGGACUUACAGGCACAAGUAAAGAGCGGCGCGCUACAACUUUCUUUGGACAAACCAGUAGUGGAGUUUUCCGCCAGCAACAACAUGAUGGUGGUGCAGUUCAACCCCCGCACUGUCUCCGCUACUAUCGAGGCCAGGGGUAUGGCAGCGCUGGGGCUGCCGCCGCCGCCACCAGUCACUGAAGCUCUCGACAACCUCUCUAGAUUAGUGCAACACGCUCGGCAGCUACAGCAGGUGGCGUCAUUCCACAACACGAUGGGCGAGCGCAUGAUCCCGUCGACGCGCCCCAUGAUGCUACAAGCCGCGUUGGAUCUGUCCGCGCUGGUACAAGAUCAGAAAGCGGUCUACUGGGACAGUGACGGACAGGUCGCAGCGUACGCCGAGAGGCUGAAGAAAGCUGUUCUCAAGUUGGAGACUCAGAACUCAUACUUGACAAGUCAACACGUGGCCAUAAGAAACAUCGUUGCCGUCUUGAUGGAUACGGAACUGUUGGCCAAGCAGGCUGAAUGGAAGAAGAAGAUCAAAGCAAUUAGGGAGAUUAUUGAGAAGGUGGAGGCAAAUGGCUACAAAAACACCGAGCUAUGGCGUACGCACUGGGAUUGGCAACUGUAUAAAGCUCUGGAGUGCCAAUACAUCAAAACUCUGCAUUCUCUUCACAAACAUUUUCCCGUGGUCAAUGUAGAUUUGGUUCUUCGCGGUCGCAUGGUGCGCCCCCAGCCGCCCAUCGAGGAGAUCCGCGUCCAACACUACCAACAACUGCGGCGCUUCAUAGCGCUGCCGGCGCAGGUCGCGGGGCUACAGAACACGCUCCGGGACGCACAGGGCUGCCUCUUUGUGGAUAUAGUUGACAAACACUCCUGGCUCGGCAACAAGUCGGUAGCCCAACUGGAGGCCACCCUAUCAGCCCUAGAGCGAGCCUGCGUAGACUGGACCCGCCGCGCCGCCCUCGCUUGCGUCCCCGACUUGGAAGCUCUUUGUAGGGAGCACUUGCAUCAGCCUGAAGACUGGGAGGUUAACUUCAAAGCUUGCAAGGCGUACGGGCAGGCGGUCGCUAAGAUGACUUUUGAAGACGAGAAAAUCGACUGGAUAAUAGUAGGCACAGCGACGCUUCGCCGCGAGUUUGAAUCCCAAGUACGCAACUUGUGGGCGUGCCUCAUAUCAUCACUGCAAAUCAGCUGCCGCGAUGACGCCGCCAUCUUGGAUUCCUUCAUCGCUAAUGCCAUGGUCACUUUGGAGAAUAAACUGUUGCCCAAAAACGCUAAGGAGUUGGGAGAAAUAAGUGGGAAACAACGCGCGUUGAGGGAGAAAAUGCCUGAGAUGGAGAAGACAGUGGAAGCCCUGAAGAAGAAGGGCCACAUGCUGCGCACGUGGGGCGGCGACGCAUCCGUCGAUGGAACUGUCAGGGAGUGGAACAAGAUCAGGGAGCUCAUGGUCGCCAACCAGCAGAUGUUUGAGCAUCAGGCGGAGAUAGUAAAAUCCAGUCUGACGGGCGAAUGGGAGAACCUGAAUACUUCAGUAGACGCCUGGCUGUCUCGCUGGCAACAGACCAGGCAGCGGUUCGAAGAGACCCACGGGGUUGAAUACAGCGAGAUGUUAGACAGGUGCAACCUGGUGUUUGAAGCUCAAGCGCAGUGGGAGAAAUUUGUGGCUGAACGGGAUGAGUUGAUAAAAGAAUGUGAGAAGUUUGACAUGAUGUCAGAUAUAUCGGAGACGUGGAAGCAAGCUGAAACCGUCAUGGCGGCGGACGCGCAACUGUGGAUGACGCUCAAGGAAUAUGAUGAAGACUACCAGGCCAUAGCUGAGCAGGAAUGGAUAGUGUUCCAGAAGAAGUUGCAUUUGAUCGACGAAAUGGUAUCAAAAUGGACGGCGAGAUUGGAACCGUUCACCACUGUUACACUCUUCUUGCAAAAGGAACUUGAUAAAUAUGCCGACCUAACGCCCCUCCUCAAAUACCUGCGCGGAAGUGACUUCACCGAGAGACACUGGCGUGAAGUUUUCGCUCUACUGGACAUGGAGUAUUGCAAGCCGGACGCUUUACUAGUGAGGCAUCUGCUGGCGGUUGCCUUGAACAUCAAGAAGCAGAUCAAGGCUUUGCAGAAAAUCAGCCAAUCAGCGUCAAGCGAGUCCGCAAUCCGCAGCGCCCUCAGCGAGCUAGAGUUGUGGUUCGCGGGCGCACGGCUCAGUAUUACCUACUAUAAGGACAAGGCGCAACUACCCACGCCCAUCGUGAAGGACUUCAAGGAGAUUCUUGCCAAGAUAGAAGAGCAGCAGUGGGUAGUGACGUCACUGCGUGGUGACGACGCGUGCGCCGCGUGGGAGUCGCGCCUGCGGGCCGCGCUCGUGCUGGUGCGCUCCACGCAUCAUGCGCAGAGGAGGUGA